AUGGCAUCUCAAGUCGGUCGUGUUUUAGUGUAUGGUGGUAAAGGGGCACUUGGUUCCACCGUUGUGCGAUUUUUCAAAACCAGAAAUUAUUGGGUUGGAUCCAUUGACCUAGCAGCAAAUGAUGAAGCAAAUGGUAACGUGAUUGUAAAGAUGACUGAAUCAUGGGUCCAGCAGGAGGAGCAGAUAACUCAGGAUGUGGCAGAGAUGAUCGGUGACCAGAAGGUGGACGCCAUCCUCUGUGUGGCGGGGGGAUGGGCAGGAGGAAAUGCUGCGUCCAAAAAUUUUGUGAAGAACUGUGACUUGAGCUGGAAGCAGAGUGUCUGGAGUUCUGUCUUGGCCGCUGGACUGGCUACCAAACACCUGAGGGAAGGGGGACUACUCACACUGCCCGGCGCCCACCCAGCUCUACAGGCCACACCAGGUAUGAUUGGCUAUGGGAUGGCUAAGGCAGCUGUCCAUCAUCUGACACAGAGCCUGGCUGGUAAGGGGAGUGGCCUACCAGACAACACUACCGUGGCAACCUUAUUACCGAUUACACUCGACACACCUAUGAAUCGGAAGAACAUGCCUCAAGGUGAUUUUUCAACCUGGACUUCCCUUGAGUUUGUGGCCGAGUUAUUGUAUAAGUGGGCAGCCAACGAGACGAGACCAAAAAGUGGCAGCCUGGUACAGUUGAUCACUAAGGAAGGGAAAACAGAGACAGUGGCUGCCUAAUUAGGGCUGAGAUAAUCCACCAGACUUGUCUUACCUGAAUCUCUGACUGUAAAUCUGCCAGAGAUAAUCCACCAGAUUAAUCUUACAAGAAUCUCGAAACAAAUGAUUCAUAUGUCGCCAGAUUUGACUGACAUGUCAUGAAAGGAGUGUGAAGAAAAAUCCCACAUGAUUGGUCAGGCUAGAUCCCAUUAUUACCAUGUAGUCGUAUAAAGCGGCCUAAAUCUACUAGUCAUUACCAUUUCAGCCUUUAUGCAUGUCAUUGUAGAUUAGUCGUUUAUUUAGUAUCAGUAUGCAUGUAUAGUGGUGAUACAUAAUACCAUUGUCCAUAAUUCAUUAUUCCUGCUGAGAGAAUUAAAUAUGAAUUUUAAUAUACUUUUCAUAUACACACAUAUAUUGAUAUUUACUGUUGAGAAUUGUUUUCUUUAUUUUUUUGACACUAUCUUCUCCAUUUAUGUUGGUCAACUCCUCCUGUAGUUGGAUUGAAGAUGCUUUAAAAAAGGGCACUUUUGAAAUACAUGUAUGUGCCAUAAGGUCAUGUAUGUGUCAUAAAGUCAUGUAUAUGCCA